AUGGGGGAAAUGGAACAGAUGAAGCAGGAGGCUGAGCAGCUGAAGAAGCAGAUUGCGGAUGCCCGGAAAGCCUGUGCAGACACAACACUUGCUCAGGUAAGGGGCAAGGCUGAUUUAGGAGGAAGAGUUGUGGGGAGCAGUAAAGCCCUGCGUGGGCACCUGGCCAAGAUCUACGCCAUGCACUGGUCCACAGACUCCAAACUUCUGGUCAGUGCCUCACAAGAUGGGAAACUGAUUGUGUGGGACACGUACACAACUAACAAGGUUCAUGCAAUCCCUUUGCGUUCUUCCUGGGUCAUGACCUGUGCCUAUGCCCCCUCAGGCAAUUUUGUGGCCUGUGGGGGCCUUGACAAUAUGUGCUCCAUCUACAACCUCAAGACUCGUGAAGGCAACGUCAAAGUGAGCCGAGAGCUCUCAGCCCAUACAGGUUACCUCUCCUGCUGCCGAUUUCUUGAUGACAACAAUAUUGUGACCAGCUCUGGAGAUACCACGUGCGCCCUGUGGGACAUUGAGACAGGUCAGCAGAAGACAGUGUUCCUGGGUCACACUGGAGACUGUAUGAGCUUGGCUGUCUCCCCAGACUUCAAACUCUUCAUCUCUGGGGCCUGUGAUGCUACUGCCAAACUGUGGGACGUGCGAGAGGGCACCUGCCGUCAGACCUUCUCAGGGCACGAGUCCGAUAUCAACGCCAUCUGCUUCUUCCCUAACGGUGAAGCCAUCUGCACCGGCUCAGAUGAUGCCACCUGCCGUCUCUUUGACCUCCGGGCAGACCAGGAGCUCAUAGUUUACUCUCAUGAGAGCAUCAUCUGCGGAAUCACAUCGGUCGCCUUCUCCCGCAGUGGGCGCCUCUUGCUUGCUGGAUAUGAUGACUUCAACUGCAACAUCUGGGACUCCCUGAAAGGAGAACGCGUGGGAAUCCUUUCUGGCCAUGACAACAGAGUGAGCUGCCUGGGGGUGACAGCAGACGGCAUGGCUGUUGCCACCGGCUCCUGGGAUAGCUUCCUCAAACAGCACUGUCAGCUGAGCACAACAGAAAUGACUACCUAUCACUCCCACUUGUCUCUAGACACAGGUCACUUGUAG